AUGGAGCAAGCAUUUCUUCGAUUGGAGCAAGGUGAAAGGAGUGUUAGGGAGUACGAAUCAGAAUUUCUCAAGCUCAGUCGAUACAUAUACUACGAGGACGGAGAUGAAGCGGUGUUAGUUCGUAAGUUCUUACGAGGUCUUAAGCCAGAGAUCGGGAGUUGUCUACAAGCCGUCAAAUUUGUGAGUUUGUUCGAGUUAAUAGAGAAAGCAGUCAACGUGGAGGAGAUGGUAGCAGCUGAACGUGAACCAACCGUUGGAUCAAACCCCAAACCUCAGAGCAGUCAGUCCAAGGAUGAUAAGUUGCGAACCAACCAGAAGAAAGGAAGAAAGGGUCAGUUCAAACGACAUGGAAAGAAGCCGAAGGCACAGGUGACAUGCUACAAUUGUGGUCAGUUGGGACAUUACUCUCGUGAAUGCACCAACUCAACGGCUGAGAAGACGGAUUGGAAGGCAUCGGUUACUUGCUACAGCUGUGGAGAGAAAGGUCAUUUCGCCAACGAGUGUACUGUGAACCGUCCAGGACAGGGAAGAGGAUCGUCUGCGCGUACCCAACCAAACCGACCGACCAGAGAACACCCAGCCGGGCGUCCUGCAUCCGAAGGGAGAGUCUAUGCCUUGGAGAUGGAGGAAACUCCAUCUAGUGCUUCGGGACCGUCGAGAGGUCCUGUGACAGGAUCAUUAUUGGUUGGUGGAACCCCUGCUGUUGUUUUGUUUGAUUCGGGAGCCACCCAUAAUUUUGUGAACCCAGUAGUAGCCUCUAGAUUUGUAGGAACCCUUGUGACCCGUGAUAUUGAUAUCUCGGUGUUAACCCCUGGAGGCCAAACCUUGAAACCUUGA